UUGGGGUUCCUUCAGUUAUUUCGUUGCGACUUCAUUCAAAAGACCGCGAGUGAUUUGGUGCUCAAUACGGCAUGAAUUUAGUGAAUUUAUUUGUGUGCCUGGCACUCAGUGUCUGUGUUCUUGCUGCACCACAGCAAAGGAAUGAUGAGGAAGUUGUGGAUUUGCUACCGCUCGCUGAGAGUUGUGACCCAACAAUUUGUACACCACCCAAUUGUCGUUGCUCAUCCACUGUCUUGGAUGAGGACAUCCCCUAUGCGGAGACCCCACAGCUUGUUAUGCUGACAUUCGAUGAUGCCGUAACAGCCCUCAAUUAUGAGUACAUCGAAGAAGCUCUCGGGGGUCGUAGGAAUCCCGACAAUUGUCCAGCAGCUGCAACUUUCUUCGUGUCUCACGAAUACACGGAUUACUCCAAAGUUCACGCUCUUUGGGCAGCAGGACACGAAAUUGCUCUGCAUUCGAUCACACACACUCCUUCAACGGAAUACUGGAAAACAGCUUCAGUGGAAACAAUGAUUGCUGAAUUUGGUGAUCAGCGUGAUACCCUUGCGCAUUUUGCAGCCAUUGAUAGGGAUGAUAUUGUGGGUGUUCGUGUACCUCACCUUCAGCUUUCUGGAAACAACAGCUUCGAGGCUAUUCGUCGCUUUGGUGGUCUCUACGACUGCUCAUGGCCAACACAGCACUUCAUUGCUCCGGGAAUGUGGCCCUUUUCCUUGGACUAUGCCUCAACGAUGGACUGCACGCUGGGAAAUUGUCCAACAGCCUCAAUUCCUGGUGUCUGGGUAGCUCCAAUGAUCGACUGGAUUGACACAGAGGGAUACAAAUGCGCUAUGGUUGAUACCUGUCCUAGUAUGCCAGAAGACGACGUUGAUGCAACCUUUGAAUGGAUGAAGGAGAACUUUGAACGGAUCUACAACUCUAACAGGGCACCUUUUGGAGUCUUCCUUCACAGUGCUUGGUUCUUGACACGACAGAGCAACUUCCCAGCUUACAAAAAAUUCAUUGAAUACAUGAACUCCCUCCCAGAUGUUUAUCUUGUGAGUGUGUCCAAAGCCAUUGAGUACACAAGAGAUCCUAGGGCUGUUACGGGUACCAGUGCUGUACCACCAGAUAAUCCUCCAGAAUCUGAGGAAGCUGAGGAGCAACAACCCCAUCCACAACCACAACCUCAACCGCAACCACAACCUGAUUCAGCUCAGGAGCCUGAGCAGGAAGAGAAUCACAGUGAAGAGGAGGAAAUUGAGCAUGAAGAAAAUCACAUUGAUGAAGAAGAGCAUGGAGAAGAGGAAAACCACGUUGAUGAGAAUGAACAUCACGUUGAGGCGGAAGAAAACCACGUUGAAGAAGAAAACCACGUUGAAGGAGAAGACGAGCAUGUUGUAAUUGAUCCCCGUAGACGCGUCAGGAGACAAGUUCGUCCCAAUUCGGCAUUCAAUGAGUGCCAAGCUGUUCAUGAGAACACCUGCGUCCCAAAAGUCUGUCAACUCACAAAGACAUCCACAGGAGAGGAGCGCUGGAUGACCAGCUGUGCUCCUUGCCCAGCUGUCUACCCUUGGUUGGGAAAUCCUCUCGGGCUUCGAGAGGUUCCACAGCCUGAAGAGAAUGACGAAGAGUAAGAAUUAAACACACCCCCGCAGAAAAAGAGCUCUCCUUUCCUCAGGACGAAAUAUAAAUUGCAAUAAAAUGUCCAACAAGAAGACCCGAAAUAAAGAAUAUCACACCAA